AUGUUUUGGAGAAAGAAAUCUUCUUCUUCUUCCGGGUCUGACAGACCCGUGUCGACCUUUCAAACACGACAUGUCGAACCGCCCAGACCAAUCUUGAGGAUGAACACUGAAGGUCAAGGUGUAUCUAGUAUCAGAUUCGCUGGGUCUGGUGGUAGUAGUGCUUCUUCGCCUGUGAAACCUACUUUCUCCACUCGUGCAGCUACCAGUCCCCCAACGUACGGUGCGCAACCAUGUAGUCAAGUAGAAGAGAUAUCGACGGAUCGCGUUGGAGCCCGGACUCGACCACCUGCUCCUCGGGUUAUCGUAUCUUCUUAUGAUUCCUAUAGUCCUCCUACGGUCGCUCAUCCACACCAAAGGAUGGCCUCAUACGACUCUUCACCACUUUCAACCCAACCUAAGAUGAUGGCUUCUCCUCGAAGAUCAUCCAGACCCACUUCGCCAAGCGCAUCUUCCUUCGGAGCCAGGGUCAGAGCUAGAACUGAACCUAUACCUAGUACCAGUGUCCACAGAUCUUCUUCGCCCGGUAGUACGGGUGGUAGUAGUCCACUAUGUGAAGUUGGACCAUUGGAAACUCCUCCUAUGCAAUCUUCACAUGUGACUACACCUCCCACAGCAUACGUCUCGUCUUUCCAAUCGCGAGCUCCACCUCCUCCUUCACCUUACAGACCGACCAACGAAAGACGUCGUUCGUCCCUUACGCGUAACUUGCCCGAAGAUUUACCGAGAAUGAACGAUUUCGCUCCAUCCAUGACGAUGGAAGAAAGUCUCCUGGCAUCGGAUAGUAGAUCCAGUGUACAUACCCUACCACCUGGACCGGACGUACCGAUGUUGAACAUCAUACCUGCCACACCACAGACUCAAGGCGAAGAAUUCUCUUCGAUGUGGGAACAACAUUAUCCAUCUGCUACUGCAAAGACAAGUGGUUUGGAGGAAGCUGUUAAACUUGAAGAAAUCUCUUUAGAUCUUGAAUUGAAAACGCCAGGUUUGGAAGAGGAAGAAUCGAUUUCAAAUGCACCUUCGAUAGAUGUCCAACUCGAUUUCUCACCUUUCCAACCUCUCGCUGAAUUACCUAAUACCGAUACUCCCUUGGAAGACAUCAAGGAGUUCAUCACUGCGGAGGAUCUUGAAAAGUUCAAUUACCAGCAACAACGAGAAGGAGGUGAAGAACUUAUCGUGGAAGAAGAAGAGGAUGAGGGAUAUUUCCAAGAUGAAAUGGAAAUGGAGACGGACGCACCUUCAGAACCAUUACCACCCUCACCGCCAUUCAUGUCUUACCCCUCUUUACCAUCUUUAUCAUCCCAUUCUCACGGUAGUGAACACGGCGAUGAAAAUGAAAAUGAACACGAUAACGACCAUGGUUCUAUUCGAUCUUCAUUAUCUGGAUCAGAAUCUGAUUCUGAAUGUUCCAUUCAAACUUCAUCAUCGAUGUCUUCAUUGGUCUCUUUCCCUGAUGUGGAAGAAGCUCUGGGAUCGAUGUUGGCUUCAUUAUCGGAUUCAAGUAUGGCUUCUACAGCUAUUCAUACCCCUACCAAAGGUCAAUCUCUCAAUACCGUCUACAAUGUCAAUGUCAAUCAUGGAUUAGGGCUGGGUAUGGGAAUGGGUAUGGGGAUGAACGUACAUGACAGUCAAUCAUCUAUCACCUCAUCCACCGCUCCAUUAGCCCUCUCACCUCGUCGAAAAGCUCCUCCUCCACCUCUGGAUCUAUCCACGACGAAAAACCAGAACAGAAGAUCACAGAGGCAAUCAAGAAUGAUGACUAUCCAAUCUGCCCCGAUCAUAAACCACAGAAUAGCGUUCUACGGUACAGCAAAAGUUCAUCCUAAUUCACCUUGUUCAGGUAUAUUCACUACUUCCUCAUCAUCUUCCUUGGCUUCUACUUCUUCUGGAUCAUCUUCAUCAACUAUCAGUUUAUCCCAACAACAGCAGCAGUAUGAAAACAGACAGACAUAUUCAUAUAGGGAUUCGAUAAGUUUGACAUCAGAAGCAAGUGAUGAAGAUCUCUGUACGGCGAGUAUAAUAAGUUUGACACCUGUUAUGCAAGGCAAAGUUUCUGGGAAGGAGUUGAAAGAGGAGAUCAUAGAAAAUGACCCCAAUGCGAAUACGCUAGGUUUAGGUCUAGGGUUGGGUUUGGAAUUGGGUGGAUUCGGUAGAUCCGGAAUCGAACAGCAGAUACCACAGGAGGAAGUUGAAGUUGGUUUAGCUUUAUAA